GGGAGAGAAAGAGAGAGAGAGAGAGAGGCGCGAUUUGUUCACACGCGCGCACCCGUAAUGUUCCGUUGUUGCAAUCGUGCGGAACGAAAGGACGUACCCCUGCUCCCCGCGAAGAAAGCGCCGUUUCUUAGUUUGGACCCUCACUCGAAGCGUCAGAAGCGUGGCCGAGGUGGUUGCCAAGAUGUCCGUUGCCUCCUGGGUGAAAGUGUGCCAUCUCCUGGCGCUCUGCGUCACGCUAUCGUUCCGAUGCGGCCUUGCUGCUGUCUCCGACACUGCCGGAUCAGCACUCGGUGAUAACGACGCAUGCACGUACACAGUGGUUGAAACGAUGCCUGAAGGGCUGAACUUCUCUUCGGAAUGUCCGGAGCACCUUUCUACUUUCGACGCUUGGAGAGAGCUGAUAAAUGUGUCGACAUCGGAGAUAAAAAUUGCGUCUUUUUACUGGACCUUAUCGGAUAAUCUCACUGCUUAUCCCUCUUCUAGCCUGGGUGCUCAGAUUUACCAUGAUCUCCUGCAUGCCGGAGCAAACCGGUCAAUUGAUAUAAAAAUUACCCAGAACGCACCAAACAGAAAAUUUCCGAACAUUGACUCCCAGCUAUUGGAAGAAAAAGGGGCGGCCAAGGUGCGCAACCUCAAUCUAACACGACUUGGGCACCACGGAAUUCUGCAUUCCAAGUUCUGGACCGUGGAUGGCAGGCAUGCCUACAUCGGGAGCGCCAACAUGGACUGGAGGUCCCUCGCUCAGGCAAGUUCAGCUAUAGACCUUUUAACUCGCCAGCCAUUUCAACCUCCGUAA